GGUCUGUGAGUGCACUCCGGGCGGUGAGACGCCGGUACCCCGGCCCGGCUCUCGGUCCUGGAGCCUGUGGGCCCCUCUGGACUCUCCAGCCACGUGCCUAGACUGGGAUCGAAGACGGGCCCCGGCUUCCAGUCUUCCCCCAAAGGCUGGGAAUGAACCUCAGGCAGAGGGAACCCCGACGGGCUGGUGAUGCCCGAGUCGGCCCUCGGUGCUGUCGGAGUGGGGGCCGGAGCGUGGAGAACACUUGGUAGCAUUGCCCAGCGCCUUUUAGGGCUGGAGCAACCCCGGUCUCCAGGCCGCUAAAAGCCGUUUUUGACAACCCCAAACCCGCCCCCACGAAUUUCCAAACGUUGGCAUCUCCUCCCCAAAGCACAGGCAUCAGAGCUUCCUGGGGUUAAAUUUGGCUGCCUCUGGGGACCUCAGAGGUUCCUAAUCUAUACACUUUAUACUUACCUUGCAGGGUAAUUGUGAGGUUAGAAAUGACAUGAACAGGGCCUAACACGGAGCUGACACAUUCCUCAAGUCACCUGUUAAAAGAAAGAAAACGUUACUCAAGAUACUUGUCGGAGACGGGCAUUGAUGUCCUUGUUCAGCUUCAUUUUCCCGUCUGCUGACAUGUGGGUGCAGAUCGAGAAGUGUUUUGCAGAAGAGCUGUUUACCUGGAAACCCGUAGUGAAGCUGCUUCAGCACUGGAUCUCACGCCCUCUCGUGUUCCUGUGCGAGGCUCUGUGAAGACCUGGUUCUCCCCAGAGACAACUUCAUCCCAGAAGAACUUCACCUGGAAGGACGUGGCAGGCCUGAUGAUGCCUGUUGAGCAGGGGCAGGCCCUAGUCCUACUGCCACCGCCGGCAAAGGACCCCCCGUACUCUGGACCAGAUGCUGCCCCUCCAGGGGAGCCCUCCAGCCCUGAGGCUGCACGCCAGCUUUUCAGGCAGUUUCGUUACCAGGUGAUGUCUGGGCCCCAGGAAACCCUGAGACAACUUCGGCAGCUCUGUUUCCAGUGGCUGCAGCCAGAGGUUCACACCAAGGAACAGAUCUUAGAGCUCCUCAUGUUGGAGCAGUUCCUGACCAUUCUGCCCGGGGAGAUUCAGAUGUGGGUGCGGACACAGUGUCCUGGCAGCGGAGAGGAGGCAGCGACCCUGGUGGAAAGCUUGAAGGGAGACCCCCGGAAGCUGUGGCAGUGGAUCAGCAUCCAGGUUCUAGGACAGGACACCUUACCCGAGCAGGUGGAGUCUGCAGGCCAAGUGGGGGCAGUGGAGUCUCCUCUUGAAGUGACACCUCAGGAGCUGGGACUUGUGCCUGCUUCCCAGCUUCCUGCCCAGCCUGAGGAGAGGCUCAUCGGAGACCAGGACUUCGGAACCUCCCUUCUCCACACGGCACCUCAGGAGCACUGGAGGCACCUGGAUUCCAUUCAGAAGGAGCAAUACUGGGAUCUCAUGCUGGAGACCUAUGGGAAAAUGGUCUCAGGAGGCAUUUCCAAUUCCAAGCCUGGCCUGACUAAUUCAACAGAGCGUGGGGAAGAACCGGCAGGACUGCGCCUGCAUGUCAGUGAGAAGAUCCUAAGACCCACUUGCAUAGGAGAUAGACAGGAGAAUGACAAAGAGAACCUUAACUUGGAAAAUCACAGGGACCAGGAGCCUCCAGAUGCCCCCCGUCGCACCUCAGAGGAGCCACCUUCUCAGGCGUCCCAGAGUGGCCUCUUCACUGAAGAGGAGCCAAGUCACUUUGGAGAAGAGAAUCUUCCUGAGGCUCAGGAAAGCCUUCCAGGCGAGCAAGUAGAGGAACAGCUCUCUCCUCAAGAAAAGAAUUCUGGGAAGCAGCCAGGCCGUCAUGUGCCUAAUCCUCAUCCAGGGGAACGGUCCGUACCGUGUCUUGAGGGGAAGAAAGAGGCCUCCCCUAAAGGGCAGCUGAGAGCCCCCAUGGUCCAGAAACUGCCCACCUGCAGGGAGUGUGGGAAAACCUUCUACAGGAACUCUCAGCUUGCUUUUCACCAAAGAACUCACACCAGAGAGAAAUACUUCCAUUGCCUCAUCUGCAGAAAAGCCUUCCGGCGGAGUUCAGACUUCGUGAAACAUCAGCGAAUUCACACCGGAGAGAAGCCCUGUAAAUGUGACUACUGUGGGAAAGGCUUCAGUGACUUCUCCAGAUUGCGCCACCACGAGAAAAUUCACACAGGAGAGAAACCCUACAAGUGUCCCAUCUGCGAGAAGAGCUUUAUUCAGAGAUCAAACUUUAAUAGGCAUCAGAGGGUUCACACAGGAGAGAAACCUUACAAAUGUUCCUGCUGCGGGAAAAGUUUCAGCUGGAGUUCUAGCCUUGAUAAACAUCAAAGGACCCACUUAGUAAAGAAGCCCUUUCAGUAGCCAUGCACGCUUAGCCCAUUUCUGUGUCCUGGCCUGUUUGAAACACAUAGCUCCCCAGGAGGAAUUAGUCCCUUAGUGGAUAUCCCUGCUCUCUUAUGCCUGGAUGAGGGAAGGGAGCGUCUGCACAUGAGUUUGGACUUGGAGACUAUGUCGGCCUGUGGAUUGGAUCUCAUGCUGGUUUAAUUUUUUGCUUCUGCAUCAGGAGACGGAAUAGUCUUUGUCUUUUUUCACAUCUCUUUUUGGGAAGAGAUGGGAAAAAACCUAUCGCUUGGAGGUCCCAUUUUAGAAGUGCUACCUGGGAGGAGGUUAACUGGAUUAGCUGCAGUUGCUGUCAUGGGAAGCACCUCGGAUUGGCCCUUUAGAACUGUGGGUCCUGGAGCAGGCCAUCUGUUACAGAAGGGAGGCAUAGAGGACCAGGAGCUCAGUGUGUUCUUUGUCAUAUUGGUCCAAAAUUAAUGUCCUGUCCCUUUUUAAAAAUAAACUUAGUAGAAUCCUA